GGGCGGGCCUAGUGCUCUAGUGGCGCUUGGGCGUCUCGUCUGCUCGGAGCGGAGCGCGGAGCGGAGCCGCGGUGCCGUGCGGGUCUCGACCCCCUCAUGCGAUGCGCGGAGGCGCAGCAGGCGGAGCAGGCGGAGUGAUCCCUGGGCGAGUGAUGAGGCAAUGCCCCCCCCGCCGUGUCCGUGCCAUGUGAGCUGCAGGGGCUGCCUCACUGGCUGCCUCACGGGCUGCCCCAGGGGCCGCCUCUCGCUCACGGGCUGCAGGGGCUCCCUCAGGCGCUACCAUGUUCGCGUUCGGUUCCGAGAUCACCUAGACAUGUGAUAUGGUCGCGAUAGCACGGUGAAGUCGUGGCGCGCAGCCGCGCAGGCGACGGUCGCGCUCGGAGCCGAGCUGCGCCUGGGAUGAUGGCGUCCGCCGCGCUGCUCGACGCCGCGGCCACGGCCCCAGCCAGCAGCGGCCCCGGCCCCGGCCCGGGGCAGGGCCUGGGGCCCGGCCAGGGGCCCAACGGCCUCGGGCACAGCUUCACCAAGAAGACGUACCACAGGCCGACCUACUGCCACCACUGCGGGGACAUGCUGUGGGGUCUCAUCGGGCAGGGCUACAGCUGCGAAGUUUGCAACUUCGUAGUUCAUGAUCGCUGCCUAAAAACGGUGGGCGCGCCGUGCUCCAGCAUCGCGGCCAUGCUGGUGAAGAACCCGGUUGCCCAUUGCUGGUCGGAGCAGUCGCACCACAAGAGAAAGUUUUGCAACGUGUGUCGGAAAGGUUUAGGCGAUGGGCUGGCGGCGCAUUGUGAGAUCUGCGAGUAUUUCGUGCACCCGGAGUGCAUGGACUUGGCCGUGGCGGACUGCAAGGAGAACGCCACCUACCUACCGGGCAAGGACCUGUCCAUGGUGCACCACACGCACCACUGGCGGGAAGGGAACCUGCCGGCCAACUCCAAGUGCUGCGUGUGCAGGAAGACGUGCUGGUCGGCGGAGUGCCUGGCGGGGACGCGGUGCGAGUGGUGCGGGCUCACGUCUCAUGCCUCGUGUCAGAAGUCCAUCCCCGAGGAGUGCAACUUCGGCCAGUUCCAGCCCAUCUACCUGCCCCCGCACGCAGUGAGCAUACCGCGCACAGAGGUGCCAAUGGAAGCCAUCAUAGGGGUGCAGGUCCGGAGGAAAGACACGCUCUCAUGUGAAUUUGUGUUAGUGUGAGCAUGCAGCCGCCGUAUGUUUGUGUCGAUCCCUCUCUUAAUUGUGUGUGCUUCUAUUGAAACGGAGCGCGUUGAGUGCCGGGCUCUGGUGGCUCAAGCUGACCGCUCCGCUGUCAAGGUCGGUAAGUUAACUAGAUUUUCUGCUUCCCUUCGUCUGUAUG